UCCCCAUAUAUUUUAAUUGGUUAUUCAAAUGAUUGACUUGCGUCUUCUUCCAUUCAUAGAAUCGUGUGUGCAUGCGCCUGAGGUAGGAAGUGUCACUUAAUACUUUUUCGGAAACUCUGUCUGCCAGUCCCAGACCAUGAACUACGUGGGGCAGCUGGCGGAGACUGUGUUUGUGACGGUCAAAGAACUAUACCGGGGCCUCAACCCAGCCACGCUUACGGGGGCCAUCGACGUCAUCGUGGUGCGUCAGCCCGACGGCAGCCUCCAGUGCUCUCCGUUCCAUGUGCGCUUUGGCAAGCUGGGGGUGCUGCGCUCCAAGGAGAAAGUGGUGGACAUAGAGAUCAAUGGGGAGCCAGUUCACCUGCAAAUGAAACUGGGGGACAAUGGAGAAGCUUUUUUUGUGGAGGAAAAUGAGGAUUUUGAGUCCAGAGUGCCAGCCCACCUCUGCACGUCGCCCAUCCACAUGGAGCUGCUGGAGGUGGCCGAGGAAACCUUAGAGGGGCUCCCCAGUUCCGGAAGCACACGAAGGAAAAAGAGGCGGCGAGUACGCAUUCGCUCCGACUCCCACCUAAGAGAAGAUGGUAGCUCCUCGUCUGACGAGAGGGAAAGGGAGAGAGCGAGGGAGCAGUCAGGAGAACAGGAGAGCCACUCCAAAGAAGAGCCCAGCACGCCGAUGCUUGCCAGUAAGUCUGUGUACUUCUCGCUGUCAGAGGAGCCGCAUGAAGAGUUGGUGGCCGUGCAGACCAGGGACGUCCACCCUCACUCUGAUGGAGAGUGGUCCCCCUCAGAGAGUGUGUUCUAUAGUCGUUCUUCCUCCCCCAAGAGUGACUCUGAGCUGCUGGUGAAGCCUCCGGAGUCUUCAGGUCUUCCGAUGCAGUGGAACUGGGGCGGCUUUCCCGAGAUGUGUCCAACGGAGAGAGGGAGGGUGGAGGUGCAGCAUGUCUCUGCUGGCAUCCACUGCUCGGACAGCUCCCACUUCCGCACCAUCCAGCGGCAGGACUCCUUCGACGUUAUCAAUAUGUGUCCAACGGAGAGAGGGAGGGUGGAGGUGCAGCAUGUCUCUGCUGGCAUCCACUGCUCGGACAGCUCCCACUUCCGCACCAUCCAGCGGCAGGACUCCUUCGACAUGGGCUUGGAGCCCGGGGUCCGCUUUGUCCGAGAGAGCAGUAGCGUCACGGUGGUGGUCAGGCCCACGCCCAGGACCGGACCAGCGGUCCAACCCACAGAAAGUUCACGCAUAGACCUGGAGAGAGCCUCCAAUAUGACCCACUCCACCCCGAAUCACCACACCUCAGAGCUUCUCUCAGAACCGCUAACAUUGGCAUCGUUAGCGAUGGCUAGCAUAGAAUCGCCCCAAGCCCCAGGGCCUAGAAAAACAAAAAUGCAGCCACAAGUAGAGACCCAGCAGGCAGGGGAUGAAGUAGCCGAGGAGUCCCCAUCCAACCCGGAGCUGGAAGACUCCAGAAACUCCCUGGCUAACACAAUUAGUAUGGCUAAUGUAGACAACACUGAUAGACAAGCUAGCGAAGAAAGCUCAGCACAUGUUGAAUGUGUAGCUAACAACAUGGUUAGCCAAGUUGAAAACGACUGUAUAGACACACAUAUCCCAUCCAUCCAAGGUAGCAAAGCUGGCACAAUCAGCGCAGACAGGCUAGCUAGCGACAGCACAGCUGCUUUAGAUAACAAGGCUAGUUUGGCUAACACAACUAGCUAUGCCAGUGCAGCCAACUUAGGUCUCAUUACCACAGAGUAUCUGGGUAGCAGAGCACAAUCAGAACAGCACAGUGCCUUUCCAGAACCCAAUGGACAAGGGCCAGAAGUUGUCUUGAGUGAGGGUGACAGCGGGAUUGAGCCCUGCACCGAGGGAGGGGAGAACACAGAGAACGGCUCUGUAAUGAUGGACAUAGCCACAGACGGCUCCCUGACCAAUCAGGCUGCAGAGAGUGUCGGAGUGACAGACCUGUUGGCCACUGAGGCUCUGGGGGAGGAGCAGUCUAGCUCAGCAGAGCACCAGGACAAGAAGAAAGGUAAACGCAGUCAGCACCUUGGACCCUCUGACAUCUACCUGGAUGACUUGUCUAACCUGGACCCAGAGGUGGCAGCUCUCUACUUCCCACCUAAAAGUGAGGCAGAAGGAUGCUCGCAGCUCAGUGCGGAGCAAGGGUCCGGUUCUGGUAACCAGUCUCCCCAGUCGGUGGGCAGUGGGGCCAUGGACAGCGGCACAGAGUACCUGUCUGACUCUACCACCGACCACAUGGACGUUAGCAUGUCCCUCUGCGGCCACACCGGCCACACCAGUCAAAUCAACAAAGAUCAGUUUAUGGAGCACGUUGUGAACUACCAGGAUUUGGUGAGCAACCCUGGAAUCAUUGAAGAUCCAAACCUGGUUAUCUGCAUCAACUCAAAGUAUUAUAACUGGGCAGUGGCUGCCCCUAUGGUCCUGUCAAUGCAAGUUUUUCAAAAGAAUAUACCAAAGAGUGCCAUUGACCAGCUGGUGAAGGACAAGAUGCCCAAAAAGUCUGGCCGCUGGUGGUUCUCCUGGAGGAGGAAGGACAUGGACACUAACUCAAACCAGACUGGAGAGAACUCUAAGCAGGACCAAGAGGAGGCACAGACCAAGAAUGAUGUCUCAACCUCUGUGUCUGGUCCCUCAACAACCAUACUGGCGACUCUGGAUGACCUGACUAGUGACGAGGAGGCGGGCCUAGGCAGAGUGGGCAACCUAUCAUCAGAGACCAUAAACACUGCCCAGUGUUUUAGCCAAAUGUACCGCAAGUCCCUACGCCUCACCUCCGAACAGAUAGAGCGGUUGAACCUGCGUGAGGGGGCCAACAAGGUUAUGUUCAGCGUAACCACUCAGUACCAGGGCACCUGUCGCUGCGAAGCCGCCAUCUACCUGUGGAACUGGGACGACCACGUCGUCAUCUCAGACAUUGAUGGCACCAUCACAAAGUCUGAUGCCCUGGGUCAUAUCCUACCUCAGCUGGGGAAAGACUGGACACACCACGGCAUUGCCCGUCUCUACCACAAAAUCCACCAAAACGGAUACAAGUUCCUCUACUGUUCGGCGCGGGCCAUCGGCAUGGCUGACAUCACCAAGGGCUACCUGCAGUGGGUGAACGACAAAGGCACCGUCCUCCCCAAGGGCCCCGUGCUGCUGGCCCCCAGCAGUUUCUUCUCUGCCCUGCACAGAGAGGUGGUAGAGAAGAAGCCGGAGGUGUUCAAGAUUGCCUGCCUCACCGACAUCCGAGACCUGUUCAACCCCCAGAGGAAGCCCUUCUAUGCAGCCUUUGGCAACAGGACCAAUGAUGCCAAUGCUUAUAAGGAAGUGGGUGUCCCUGACACCAGGAUCUUCACUGUGAACCCCAAGGGAGAGCUCAUUCAGGAGAAGAACAAAGGGAGCAAGUCCUCGUACACUCACCUGAGCGAGCUGGUGGAGCACUUCUUCCCUAUGAUCUCUGAGGAUGGGAGGUCGUCCUCCUUCGACUGCCCCGAGUUCAGCCACUUCUCCUACUGGAGAGAGCCCCUACCACCACUGGACCUGUCUACUCUGGAUUAGACACACACACAAACACACACACACACACACACUCGCCACGUGACCUGUCCACUCUGAAUUAGACACACAUACACCACUGGACCUGUCCAUUCUGGAUUAGACACACACUCGCCACUGGACCUGUCCACUCUGAAUUAGACACACACACACACACACUCGCCACUGGACCUGUUCACUCUGGAUUAGACACACACACACUCACCUCUGGAUUAGACACACACACUCGCCACUGGACCUGUCCACUCUGGAUUAGUCACACACACACACACACUCGCCACUGGACCUGUUCACUCUGGAUUAGACACACACACACUCACCUCUGGAUUAGACACACACACUCGCCACUGGACCUGUCCACUCUGGAUUAGUCACACACACACACACUCGCCACUGGACCUGUCCUCUCUGCAUUAGACACACACUCGCCACUGGACCUGUCCACUCUGGAUUAGACACACACACACACACACUCGCUCGCCACUGGACCUGUCCACUCCGGAUUAGACACACACACAGACACUCGCUUGCCACUGGACCUGUCCACUCUGGAUUAGACACACACACACACACACACACACACACACUCGCCACUGGACCUGUCCACUCUGGAUUAGACACACACACACACACACACACUCGCCACUGGACCUGUCCACUCUGGAUUAGACACACACACACUCGCCACUGGACCUGUCCUCUCUGGAUUAGACACACACACACUCGCCUCUGGAUUAGACACACACACACUCGCCACUGGACCUGUCCUCUCUGGAUUAGACACAGAUUAAGGCAGCCUUCCGCACCUCUCUGUUUCAGAGGUGUUGGGUUAAAUGCAUUAGACACAUUUCAGUAGAAGCCUUUCAGUUGUACUACUGACUAGACAACUGUACAACUGACUGGUUUUCCUUUCUCCUUCUCUCUCAUCACCCCUUUUUCCCCUCUUUCGAUCCCUUUGAGUUCCGAAAUAUUUUUAAUUGAUAAGCCAGGAAUAUUGUAGAUGUGCAAGGUUCUCAUUUAAUAUACUCUGUUUUAUGUUGAUUCAUCUGAUGCAAUUGAAAACUAAAGUUUCUGGCGUUCAGCUAAAUGUACACAUGCACAGAUGACACUGCAUUUUACGCAACACUAUAUACUUCAUAUUGUGCAAUACUUGAUUGCAAAAAGACAUACUGCACUGGCCAUACCAUAUUGCCAUUAUCCAAAUGAUACUGGCGCAAUGUGCAUUUGUGCUGCUCAAGAAUUCCAGUUACAUUUUAGUUGUUUAGCACAGGGUUUUCCAAACUUUGACUCAGGCCCACCUUUCCAGUAUUUGGGAACAUCCCAAAUACAUUCCAGGGUUGAGUAAAUUGACUGUUUGGGUAAUUGAAAUGGCCAUGGUCUGGUCUGAAACGGUGCCUUUUUGCUUAUGAUUUAUAUGCUUUCAUAUUUAAAGGGGUACUUAGGGAUUUUAUCUACUUCACGAGGGUCAGAUGAACUCAUGGAUACAAUUUGUAUCUCUCUGCGUACAGUUCGAAGGAAGUUGCUAACUAGCACACGUAGUCAGUUGACUGGAUAUCUAUUGGUAUCUGCUACCACUUCGACUUCCAAGUCAUUGUGCUAAUGCAAGUUAGUAUUGGCUCACAAAACUACCUCUAACUUCCUUCAUACUGGAGACAGGAGCUGUGUUCGAAUACCCAUACUACAUACUUAAUGAGUAUAUACUAUUAGUUAAUUUUAGUAUACUUACUGUAAACGUCCUUUCAGUUGAGCGUGAGCGUACUAGCGCUUCCCGUCUACCGGAAGUUUUUUGCUGUUGCUAUGCAACUUCUUGCUAGCAUAACAAAUUACUAGCAAGACAGUUUACGAGUAAAUUCAAUAUGGAGUGCCCGAGUGCGCUCUGAGCGUUGUCAGAUUGUCCUUUCAUAAAUUCAGAGCGUUUCAAUCUGAGCUUCAGAACGCACACUGGAUACUGGCCCGUUCUGUCCACACAAGGGCAUUCAAGCUAACUUGCUAGCUACUUCCAGACACAAAUGAAAGAACACCUCACUCUGACCAUUUACUCGCCCAAGCAGAGCUGGUUUUCCAGAGCGUUGGUGACUGCUGCUGGAAACAAUCUAAUUAUGCCUUUUUUUUUUGUUGCCGAUGUUCACUGUCAGUGGCUAUAUUCAACUGGGGUUUGAGCGUUAGUAAAUUCAUCAGUUAUUCUGCGCUCUGCCACAUGUGCACUCAGACGAGAGUGCUCUGGAAUCAAAGUAGAUAGCCAGAGCGAAUUUGUGAACGCACAAUGACUAUACCACUUAGCUAAACUAAGAAUAACGGGAGUAAUCAAGUCACUAAUCGUUGGGUAGUUAGUUAGAUAGCAUAUAGUAAAUAUUCUGGCAAGUUCGAUGUAUUAGUAGCCAACUAACCUUAGAUAGCUAGCUAACAUACUGGUACAUAGUGCUGUAAUGAUAUGCUAUGCGCUUUGUAAGGAUGGUGUAGCUAACAAAUUGUCAGCCAAGGUAACUUAGUUGAAAAGUAAUUUUAUUACAUUUCUCAUUUUCUUGAACGUUUGUCAUAAUUAGUUAAACCAAUGCAUUUGUAUCCGCUCUCGGACUUCGGCUGCUUAUUUUCUUCAAAUCUGAAAACGUUGAAGUCACGCCUAUUUUCUGAAUUACAUUAUAGGCCCUUAAGCACGGAAAGAGUGUCCACUGCUUGUAUACUUCGUAUUUUGACAUAUAGUAUUCGAACACAGCUAUAGACAUGGUAUCUACGAGUUCACCGGAUUCUUAAGAAGUAGAUAAAUGGCCUCAUCGGCAUUUUGGCAAAGUAUCCCUUUAAUUAUAUUUAGAAAUAUAUAUAUUUUUGUCAUCCUAAGUGAUACCAAUUACUCUGUUUAGAGAGACAUUGCAUUGGACCCGAAGAUCCUUGUUGUUAUUUUCAAAUGAUCUACACUGAAGAAAAUAUAAACACAAAAUGUAAAGUGUUGGUCCCAUGUUUCAUGAGCUGAAAUAAAAUAUCCCAGAAAUGUUC